AUUACGAGAUUGUGCGUGCAUUAGAGUGAAACGCGAUAUUCGUCUGAUACGAAUACCAGUUCCUGUGCGUUCGUGACGAUUGCGAGUGAAAUAUGUGGUUGCUGUGUUGUGUGCGCUCGUGACUGGCUUACCCGUGCCCCCCGUGCGCAAGAGAGAAGACACGCUUGGGACGCACUCGCGGCAGCAACAGCAACAGCAGGCAGCAGUGGAUUGCCGUGUCUCCUGUCCAUUAUCGCCUCCCUGUUCCUCCGACCCCGACUCCCCAACAUACACGAUCAAUUUCCUCAUUACCAUAGUCAUCAUAGUUUGGUCGUGAUACCGUCGGUCGUAGCCGCUGCAUCUUCCUCGACUUGCACGAUGCGCAGCGGGGACCAUGGUUUGCUGUGACCAAGCGGCGCUUCACCAUAGCACGGCCGCACCGACGACGAACACCGUAGGCGCAGCAUCGUCAGGCGAGCACUGCGAGCACACCGCCACCGCCCCAUUUGCGGCCACACACGACGGUUGCGGGCGACACGGCAGUAUCGGAAGAGCGGGAUAUACAUAUAAAUAUAUGCGUAUAUAUAUGCACGCAUAGAGAUACAGCAUACAUACAUCUAUAACCACGGACUAGCACGGACGACGUAUAUUUGGACACACCGACGAAACCGGGGGGGAGAGGGACAUUCGACAUAGAAUUCAGCACCUUGAUUGAUUCUUCGCAAGGAAGAGAUACAAACAGUGCUACACAUCCGUGUAACCUGCAACCCUUUGCAUGAUGGCUGUGUUUCUAGUAAAUGUCUGCAAGUUUAACCAAUGCGGCCUAACGUUCCCCAGCCUUCCGGACCUGAUACAGCAUAUAGAGAGUACGCAUAUAGGCCAAAAGCUACCUGACAUUGAUGAACCAUCGCAGUCGAUAUGUCUUCCGUUCAGCUAUGUUCAACGGUAUGUCCCGGUGGACAACCGCCGUGAAAUCAACGCUUUGGCUGUGGCAAGCCCAACGGGCAACAGUACCGAUCAGAGCAACACAACGGAAGGGAUUGGAACAGCGAAUCCCACUAGCGUCCAAUCGGUCACACCGGUCUCGACAGCCAGCACUGCACCGAUUCAACCAUCCAGCCCGGAGGAUCAUGCCGGCGUUCAGCUGGGUAGCAGUGCAGGUGGCAGUAGUGGUAGCAUCGGUUCUGGUGGUGCCCGCAACUCUACGGACCUGUCCGGCGGCACUGGUAGUAAUGCUGGAGCAGGUUCGAGUGGGCCUUCUUUGCCAUCGACCAGUACCAACGGUGCUGCAACGACCGCUACCGAAAGCCCUAGCAAAGCUUCGGCUCCCGGUAACAACCAGAAUUCCGGCGAUCUCAAACGUAGAAUGGCGGUGAAGACACACCAUACGUACAGUAUGUCGUCAUCGAACCGAAGCACCACGCCUACAGGUAGUGAAAUGGACGAUGACGAUAUGAUGGGCUCAGAGUCAGAGGAUAGUAAUGAUUCGUGGACCACCGAGGAAUUUAGUUCGGAAUUUAUAAUGCGCUACGGAAGUCGGCGAGUAUCCACAUCCGGUGGUCACGGCAUUAAUGUGGCGAACGAAAAACCCUUUGCCUGCCCGGUGCCUGGAUGCAAGAAACGCUACAAAAACGUCAACGGCAUCAAGUAUCACUCUAAGAAUGGCCACAAAAAGGAUGGCAAUCGCGUACGCAAAGGUUUCAAAUGUUUCUGUGGCAAAAGUUACAAAACAUCGGUGCGGUUGCGCAAUCACAAUCUAAUCGCCCAUCCGCAGGGUAACUCGGGAGACAGCAUGAUGACAACCGCGCAGCAGCCUGUUUCCACUACCAGCCAACCAGUGCUGGCCGCUGCUUCCAGCGGCUCUCCAGUACUAUACACUGCUGGCAUGCCGGUUUCGUUGACGGUAUCACAAGCGGCAUCCUUUGCUACCAACAGCACUGCUGUUGGUGCUGGUGUUGGUGGUCACAAGCCAACGUCACCGCACUCGAAUCAUCAUGUCCCUGCUGUGAACUCGUCUAGUCAAAUCAGCCGUAACGCCAAUAGUCCGACGGCGGUCACCAUUACACAACAGCCAUCAAACAAAAUUGCGCGCACCACCAACAGCAGCAGCAUUACUACAACCACCGCCACAGCUGCUGUAGCCGCCACCGGAAAUGCUGUCACCGUCGUCACCACCAUCGCUUCAUCGCUGUCUGCCACUAGCACCAGCAGCACGGCCACGAGUGCGAACAUCGGCAAUUCGGCCAGCUCCUGCAACGGCUUGCCAACAAUGGGAGGUGGAGCUGGCUUUCCGUCCUCCGCCAUAAUGCACACUGUGGUCGCCGGUAGUUCCAGCAUUAAGUACGACAAUCUUGGCAUUCUCACACCAGCCACGUCUCCGAAGCUGAUAACCGGUGUCAACGCGGACAGUAGUGGUGGGUCCCACACUCAUUCGACCAAUCCAUCGCACUUGGCCGUUGCUGUACCAGCGACCACUGGUGGCGGUACCUCUCCAACGCCGUUGGGAAGUGGUGGUGGUGGUAGUAGUAGUGGUAGUGUGAGUACCAUUGCCAACAGCACCACGGCACCCGCUUCAGCUGGACCGGGCGGGGGGCAACUAACGGUGGUCGGUGCGAAUGGUGCACCCUCUCCUAUUACCAACGGCGGUGGCAGUAGCGACGGUCCGGCUUUAUGCGAUGGUGGUGUAGAUGGAACACUCGGCAUAGCCCUCGUCGUGUCCAACUUGGUCGGUGAUCAGCUGAACAUCAAUAACGGUAAUGGAAGCAUCGGUAGCAGCAGUGGCACUAGUGGCACAGCCGGUGGUGGAGGAACGGUCGUGCUAUCGGCAUCACCAGCAACUAGUCAAUUAUACGGCGAAGGAACGUAGCCGAUACUUAAGAACUUAUUGUUACGCAAGUAUUGACUGGCCGAGGGUACCUGUCCUUCUAGUAAUUAGUGUGUCUACCUAGCGCGGAUUAGGUAAACGGUACGUUCCGCUACUUACUGAGGCGUAAGCAUCCAUCGGCGAACCCCAGCGCGCACCCAGCCCUAUUUUUCCUAUUCCUUGUUUCUUUAAUAUUUUUCGUUAUUCGUUUUAGUGACUUCCUACUAAUCUGCUAACGCCGAUCAAUUUCGCAGUAAGCAUUUAUUUUGUAUUCUUUUCAAAGAAACUGUUGUCUGGAGAUUAGCGUAGUUUUACAUCACAAACCACAAAUUCAUCGCGUUUUGGUACGGGAUUGAAAUUACAAUAACGCAAAUUAAUUUAUUUGAAAAAGAGAGGAAGGAGACAUAACUUAAUAUUGUUACAGUAUGCAAAAAAAAAUUAUCCACCCCAUGCAAACAAUUUUCAUUUUGACUGAUUUUUCAUGGAAACCCUCAGCCUAAAAUGUGCGUAUCAAAUAUCAAUAGUUUUGUUUUUUAUUCUUCUUCACUAUGCUUUUUACAUUUUUGAAAAAUACCUCCUAGAAACAAAGAUAUUACAAAAACAGUGGAGCAAGGUACGAAAAGCACGCAAAAAAAGUUUAUCUACUCGCAUGUAUUUUAUUGUAUGGUGUUAUGCAGUUUUUACUCCAAAAUAAUCAAAUAACCAUUUUUCCUCUCAAUUUCAAAAAUGUAUUUUAGUUUGCUUAUCCCAAACACAAGUUUUAUUACUUGGUGAAAUAUCUUUGUUUCUAGAAGGUAUUUUUUUAAAAUGUAAAAAGCAUAUUGAAGAAGAAUAAAAAUACACUGUAUGUCUCCCUCUUCUCUUAGACCGUUUCUACACACAGCCAAAAUUUGGCGGCUAAAGUCAAAAAAAGAGAACUUCAUUUUUCCAACAUUUUGGAAAAAAUAAUGGCAGAUGGAGACAAAUUUACAUCUACGGUACGGCCUACACUGGAGCGCAGCAUUAUGUGUCUGCCGAUCAGCUUAAAGCAUAUUACAUUUUAAAAAAAGCUGUUUGCAGGUGUGUUAAAGUUAUUUCGCGAUGAUUCUGUAGUUUUUCUGAAGUUCUUCUUUUCAAGCGUCCCUACACACACCAUUAUUUUUUUUAUAUGGAGCUUUUGACUUUUGCCGACAAUUUUGACUUUAGCCGCCAAAUUUUGGCUGUGUGUAGAAACUGUCUUAGCGACAUUUUAAUUUUUUAAAGUUUUAAUAUUAACUUAAAAAAUUGAAAAUGGGGUUUGAAUAUCCCUUCCCCACUAAUCUAAUCAAUUAAUUAACGUUCUGUUGUUUUGGUCCUGCGGAAAAGUGUGAAUCAGCAAGUGGUAGAAUUGUUGGUUAUUAUGGAAUUUUAAAAAUUGCAAACGAAAUCCCGUUUUAAAAAUUAACUGGGAGCAAUCAAGCAAUUAAGUUGAUUGUUCCUUCCCCUUCCAAAAACUGCUAAUAGCUUCAUGGUGUGUCAUGUACCACGGCGCCAAAGGAGCAGCCACUUCACUGGUUCACCGUUGAGCUCAAUGUGGAGCAAAAAAUCAAGAAAGCAGUUUAUUUAUUUUCUAUUUGCUGUUGCGUGUUAAGAAGGCACAUUCCAUUUGCUGCUUAACAUUGAUUAGGAAUAUCCCCGUUGACACAGAACAUUUUCUCGCUACUGUUAAGGCUUAAGACCGUUUCUACACACAGCCAAAAUUUGGCGGCUAAAGUCAAAAAAAGAGAACUUCAUUUUUCCAACAUUUUGGAAAAAAUAAUGGCAGAUGGAGACAAAUUUACAUCUACGGUACGGCCUACACUGGAGCGCAGCAUUAUGUGUCUGCCGAUCAGCUUAAAGCAUAUUACAUUUUUAAAAAAGCUGUUUGCAGGUGUGUUAAAGUUAUUUCGCGAUGAUUCUGUAGUUUUUCUGAAGUUCUUCUUUUCAAGCGUCCCUACACACACCAUUAUUUUUUUUAUAUGGAGCUUUUGACUUUUGCCGACAAUUUUGACUUUAGCCGCCAAAUUUUGGCUGUGUGUAGAAACUGUCUAACAGGAGCGCGCGCCAUACAAAUUCUCUCCUGUUAAACAUUAACAGGAAGGACUUCGAGUCGAGUUCCGGAAGCUCGAAUUCGCUCCUGUUCAUGUUUCACAGGAGAGAAUAUGUAUGGCGCGCCCUCCUGUUAAGACUUAACAGAAGCGAGAAAAUGUUCUCUGUCAAUAGCGAUGUCAUCACACUGGGGAAGUAUAAUUGUGGUCUAUCGUUCUACUAUGAAUUUUUGGUUAUUGCAAUGCGUUACUUUACGAUUUCUAUCUAGUAUCCUUCCAUUUUUCGGUUCCUUUUUUUUGUACUGCUUCAGUUGCUUUUCAAUUCGUAUGGCCGUUGUAUACGAAGUGGAAUGAACCUAUUGGUUCGCGUAGUCAGCAGAAUUACCUACCUUAACUAUUUUUAACGAACCGACGGUAAUGAAUACCUAGUUUGGUUUUUGCCAUUUUUGCCUUUAACUAGCUUUAAUGAUUUAUACGUUUUUUCGGAGAUCGCGAUAGAGUGUUUCUACCACUCUAAUACUCGCGCCAGUUUUUUUUUCGUUAAUCUUUUGUCAUUGCGGUUUCGACUAUGAAAUAUAUGUACCGUCAAGCCUCCCAAAUUCUGACGACCAUUCGCACAAACAAUGCCAACUUAUGUUUCUGCAACCCUUUCUGCAAAGGCCUUUGUGCAAGGAACAACUUUACGCGAAUUGCUCGCCAGUGUAUCAGGGGCUUUAUGUUGACUCUUCCAUUAGGCGUAAUCUUGCUCCCCUACCUACGCACGCCAACGCACACAUACACACAUAAAUACAUUAACACAUAUACACAUAAUAAGACAAUAGUAGACGGUGUACCCCAGCUGAGCAAGGGCAAGCGUGAGGCACAAGGAUAAGCCCAUUGUAGAGAGGUGUAAUGAAGUGAGGCGCCCAGAUAUGAUCGAGUAGUAGUAAAUGCAAUGCUAGCGAGCAUUAGUACUGGAAAUGCCAGAAUGCGUCUAUAUAGAACGGAUCUCACAAACUAUGUUGGCUGGCCUCCUUUACAACUAUAUUUAACACGAAGAGUAAAUUGAUACCAAACUCAUUAGAAUUACGUGGAAUGGCAAUAGAGAAGAAAGCGCGAAAGAAAAGGAGGGAAACGAGUGAAGGGUAGAGAUACGAAGGGCUGGAUAAGAUUUAAGACAAGUGGAUUUAAGCAGAUCGGCGGUAGUCGAAGGCAGUAGGAAAAGGGGAUGCGUUUCCAUGCGAAAUUAGUAGGUAAUUCAUGUCCGUGGUAUGUAUAUGUAUCGUUGUUCCUGUUAAUUUUUAGUUUCUUUAAAUAGUGUCCUCUCCGGUAUACAUGUGUACGUGCGUGUGUGUGUGUGUGUGUAUAUAUAUAUUUAUAUAUACUGUGUGCUGUGACUGUUUUUAGGGCAACACAUACAAGUUCUCUUAAAAGGCAGCACCUUCCUGCAACCACAAACGCAUGAGAAGCAUUUCGGAUAUCUUAAACAUGAUGAUGAUAGGAAAAUGAUAGGCGGAAAAGAUGCAGAUAAAAAUUCAAACAGAUGUUCACUAGAAUUCCAAAUGGCUAGAGAGAGUAUGGUAUCUGAUUUAUACGACACUCUUAAUUAGCACUUCAGAAAAUAUGAACUGUCACACACACACAAACGCAUAUGGCUAAAUACUAGACUUCUGCUUUUCUAAAUCUGCGAUCCUCAGAGAACACAUUUUCCUAUGUAAGACUUACCCCAUUCGAAGUCCGUGGUUGCAACAUCAAUUGAAAUGCUUACCGGUUUUCUUUUUCUUUUUUCUAUCAUUUUAACUUUCAAUUUUCUCAAUUUCCAUUAUAUUGACACCGAACCGGCAAUGUACGCUGAAAACUUUGUAGGAAGUUCGUCGAUUCCACAUGUGCUGAGUGAGCUAUAAUGUUUUUCCAACGCAAAUUGUGUAACCGACAAAUGUGUAACUGGCUCGUGUGUACUUCCUUCCCGUUCCCAUUUUUAAUGCACACUGUCAAUCACGCGAGUGUUAUUUAUUUCAUUUUUGUAUAUGUAUAUUUAUUUACAUUUAACUACUACGCGUUAAACCUAGUUUGAGGGAUUGUGCCCAAAAGUUGUUGGAAUACCUCAGAUCGCUGUCGCUGAGUUGUUCGAAUAGUUAGCACUGGGAAGUAAGGUUUAGGCAAUGGCAGACCUUACGUUCGUUCAUGCAUGCUACAGUAUCCAGAUCUGAGUGUUACCGAACCGAAGGAAACCGAGAAUGGGUUCACACGGUGUAAGCUCCUUUCGAGAGCGACUACUGAUGAGAAGAAGGGGUAUCCGGUCAUUUGUUUGCCACCUAUUAUUACCAUUGUAUUGUAUACCAAUCAAAUAAGGAAAUGUAUGAAUGGAAUAGAAAUAGACCGAUAUGCAGAGUCGAGCAAAUCGAUAGGGUCGAAAGCAAAACAAAUCUUGGGAACUAGUUUAGACGAAGAAGCGUAAGAUCAUGUUCUGCUUGUACAGGCCAAUUGGCGAUGUCCAAUAAAUGUAGGCACAGGACUGUGUAGCUCUAUCAGCAAGAAGCAAGCUUUUUUAUUCCUUAUGCCAACUAUGAAUUAGUUUCUCCCUCCGCCCAACCCUGACACAUACACACCCACACACACAGAUACAUAUCUUGUUGGAGGUGGAGAGUUAUUACAGACAGAUCCUGUUUCGAUAAAAAGAGAAUGAAUCUUUUGUACGGAUUCCGCCUCAGGCUGAACAACAUUGGCAAUCUCCGCACCAUCAGACUGAGCCACACUGCCUAUGGUCCGAGAAAGGACGCCGGCGAGAUCGAUGCAAACGAUAAUUCUGGGAAGUCACAUCCAGUGCGUAUGCUGGCACACAUUGAAACCCCCUUAAGUUGAACUGUCUUGCUCCGUGUUUGAGGUGUGUGUGGAAGCUUGUGCAUGCGUGUGUAUGGUUGAAGUCAGGUGAGUUCAGAAACAUGCAGGAAGUCCAGUCCAAGAUAGGCGCGAUCUGGGGGAUGCUGAGACGAUGCGAUAAAGCGCGUGUGUGGCUGUCUAUCUGCACACAUGUGUUGGCUUGGCGUGAUGAAUUUAUCAAUAAGAUAACCCAUAAAUAAAAUUAAAGAUCUAUUACUAGUUUGUCCAAAUAGCUAGUCAAAAUUUUCAAAGUAUAAUAUUUAUGUUUUUAGCUAAUAUGGUAGCUAACGCGGAUAAGGUAACCUCUACCGGCAACAUAAAAACGGCAUUUUCAAAUAAAUGCAUAACAUAACAACACGUGACCACCGGCCUAGACUGCAAUAUA